UUUUCUUCUUUUUUUUUUUUUGUUGUUGCUCCAAGUGAGGAUUUCAGCUUUUUUCUUGUUUUUCUUCUUCCUCUUUUUUUUUUUUUUUACACUUCUCUCUACGAUGGCGACCUCCACAGAAUCGGGGCAGAAAAUAACUCCCGAAGUGCUGAAGGAGAUGCUCCGGUAUUACAACCUGACUCGCCGCGAGUUCAUCGACUCGUACAACAUCGAGCCGCUGGUCUACAUCCCCGUGCUGCCGCACACGGCCAAGAUCACUUUCGUCAUUAUGUACACCAUCAUAUUCGUGCUGGCCCUGGUCGGGAACAGCCUGGUGGUGUACAUAGUGGUGAGGAAACGGGCGGUGCAGACGGCCACCAAUAUCUUCAUCUGCUCCUUGGCGGUGAGUGACCUGCUCAUCACUUUCUUCUGCGUCCCGUUCACCUUGCUGCAAAACAUCUCCUCCGAGUGGUUUGGGGGUGUUCUGGUUUGCAAGACGGUUCCUUUUGUGCAGACCACAGCCAUCGUGACAGGCAUCCUGACAAUGACCUGCAUUGCGAUUGAGAGAUAUCAGGGUAUAGUCUAUCCACUGAAAAUGAGGAGGCAGUAUACAUCAAGAAGAGCAUACAAGAUGCUAGGGAUUGUAUGGGCUGCGUCAGUGAUGGUGGGAUCUCCAAUGCUGUUUGUUCAACAACUCGAAGUGAAGUAUGACUUCUUGUAUGACCACUAUCACGUGUGCUGUCAGGAGAGCUGGCACUCUCUGACCCACAGACAGGUAUACACCACCUUCAUCAUGGUGGCUCUUUUCCUGCUCCCACUGGCAGCAAUGCUAUUCCUCUAUACACGUAUUGGCAUCGAGCUAUGGAUCCACAAGCGGGUGGGUGACUCCUCUGUCCUCAAUACCAUGAACCACAGGGAGAUCAGCAAGAUCACAAGGAAAAAGAAAAGAGCUGUGAAAAUGAUGAUCACAGUUGUGGUACUGUUCACUAUCUGCUGGGCACCAUUUCACACAGUUCACAUGCUUUUUGAGUAUAAUGACCUGGAGAACAAAUAUGACGAAGUGACACUCAACAUGAUCAUUGCCAUCGUUCAGGCCAUAGGAUUCUUCAACAGCUUCAACAACCCCAUCGUGUAUGCAUUCAUGAAUGAGAACUUCAAGAAGAGCUGCGUCUCCACCCUCUCAAACUGCCUCAGAAAAUCCAACCAGCAGGCCAACACUGCAUCUGCGCCCAACCUGACUGUGCAAUUCAUCAAACCCCUCAAUAGAGAGGCUUUUCUGGAUGCUGGUGAGUGCGUGACCCCAGGGCCUGAAGCCACAGAGAAAGGCACGGGUUCAUCGUGCGGAGAGAACUCUGUGGAGCUAACAGGGGACAAGAUCUCCACCAUUCACACAGAGCUGCCUGCAGGGAGUUCGACCAUGACUAACAAAGGUGCAUUUCCUGAAGAAAACGUGUGGGCGAGCUGA